AUGCUCGCCCAAGCACUUUCCCUCACCACAGCGACAGUAGUGUUCUAUCUCUUGCUUCGCACCAUACUCGCACGAAACCGAUCUACUCUACGGUGCAAUCGAAAGCCACCGUCUGCUCAAACGCGCCUUCCAGCCGAUCGUGCAAGUCGUGGUGUUCGCGUGUGCCAGGUCUAUCCUACUAAUAGCAAUGUGGAAACCGACAUCGACAUCAUUGCUGUCCAUGGCCUGGACACGAACUCGCCAGAGACUUGGGAAGAUAGAAGCAAAGGCAAGCCUACGGUGAACUGGCUGGCUGACGAGGGCAUGCUGCCGCAUGAAGUCCCACACGCUCGCAUCUUCACGUGCGACUGGCCUGCAGACCUAUUCCGGGACCCGAAUGUGGAGGAGAACAGGAUCGACGAACUUGCUCGACUCUUACUUGAGGGCAUUCUUGGACGACCACAGCCAACGGAUAAGCAACUAAGGAACCGACCAAUUCUCUUCAUCGCCUCGUGUCUCGGAGGCAUCGUCCUGAUGAAGGCACUAGAGAUGGCUUAUGAUAAAUAUCUCCCCGUUCAGGAAGCCACUUGUGGCGUUAUCUUCCUUGCUACACCAUUUAGCGGCACAUCGUUCGAGAAGGUGGCAGGGUGGGCUGAACCGGGUCUGAGGACAUGGGCUUCAUUUCGAGGCCAAGGGGUUACCCAGUUACUUGACUGGGUGAACGGGGACCAUUUUGAUCUCGACGAGCUCGUGCGUCGCUUCACUGCACUUUAUCAAAAGAAGGCCUACAAAGUCCACACCUUCUAUGAAAAUGGGUUUACAGAUCUAUCUCGCAAAGUCCCAUUACUAUCCUUCUUAUUUCCCUCUGAAAAGACGCAGCUGGUCAAUAAACGGUCUGCGACUCUCCCCACCGUGCAGCACCCACUCCCACUGGAGCGAAACCACGUACGAAUGAACAAGUUUCGCGGGCCCAAGGACUCAGAUCCAGACUACAAGCUAGUGGUGGACCAGAUUCGCCACUGUCUUGAGGAGAUCCGGAAAGGGACACCACUCGAAAGAGCAGACGCCUGGAUACGCAACGAGCACUAUACCGAGCAGAAGCUCAAGAUUGAGCGGCUUUCCGGGGAUCCUUUGCGAAUGGACCAAUGCUAUAUCAAUCUUGCGCUUGUGGAGCUGCAACGGGCAGACAGCUCGGAGCGCAGAUCUGAAGAGCCAGCGCUACGGUCCUCACCAUUCUCCCUGUCUGACCGACUGAAGAUCGAGACGCCCCACAAAGAUAUCCAGGUCAAGCUAGAAGCGCUCUUCGACCCACGGAAGAUGCCUGACGGCCACGUCAAACCGCCACAGAGAAUACUGAUUCGAGGACGCGCAGGAGUAGGAAAGACUACCUUGUGCAAGAAGAUCGUUUACGACUUCACACAUGGAACCUUGUGGCACGACAAGUUCGAUCGCUUGCUCUGGAUUCCACUGCGGAAUUUGAAGCGGGAAGCACGCACCAACGUCCCUGGAUACAACAUGGGGGAUCUUUUCCGCCAUGAAUAUUUCUCUACCCCAGAAGCUACGGAUCUCAUCGACGCGUUGUGGAAAGAAACCUAUAGCGCUCUCGCUGCCAUCGUUUCUAGAAUCCACGCGUCGCACGAGAUGCACCUACACGCCGCCGUCGACACCGAGAGGCUUCACCGAGAGGGAUUGAGGAGGAGAAAAGAGGAGUUUGCCAGCUACCGUGAGGCUGUUCGUCUCAUCUCUCGACGGCCGGUACCUUCGGUGCUGUGCACAAUCAGCCAAGGGGAGAAGGAGAUUCUGGCGUCGUUCGCGUCCACGGCAAAGGCCAUAGACGCAUUUGUCGAGGAGAAGCAGCCAGCGCCCAGCAGUAGUGAUGACUUAUGGGAUUCGCAUCAAGAGCAUCACAGGAAUCAUGAGAUAUCGAGGUUGUACCGAAUAUGUGUGGUACAUAUCCUGAUCCUCCGAUAUGCGGUGGCUAAGUUUCACCGACAGGCUGAGGUACAAGAGGAAAGGGCCUUGGUUCUAUGA